CGGUUGUGCAAAAAUCGUCAAAUCACGAUCCAUCCUCGAUCGCCCCGAUUUUCUGAGUGGAAUUGGACUCGGCACCGCUACCCUCCCUACACUCAUUCCCAAUUCACAAAGAACAACACCAAAACAACAUUUACAACAAGGGCAUUGGCUUAGAUUGCCGAGCCCCAGUCUGCAAUUCCCUCGUCACAAUUGCCUCCCCGGCGCCCCCGGCCUGCGCAGCGAUGCUGCAAGGGCCAGUGAUGUUGAGUCCGUUGCACUGCCCUCGCCCAGCCCACCUGGCGAGCGCUCGGGCUGUGCAGCGGCCCCGCAAAUCAGCGCUUGUUGUGGACGACCUUGCGGUGAACCGCCUCAUCCUUGGAACCAUCCUGCACAAGCUUGGUUUCGAGGUUCUGGAGGCGGAGAAUGGUAACCAGUGCGUGGACGUAUACAGCAAGGCGCACCGCGACAUCGUCUGCGUCUUCCUGGACCUACAAAUGCCCGUGGCGGACGGUUGGGCGGCAACAAAGGGCAUGCGCGAGCUGGAUGCCGCGCGCGCCCGGAGCGGGAGCGAGCAGCAGCUACAGGUUCCCGUGGUAGUCUGCACUGCCUCAUGCCUGGACGACCUUGUGGAAGGCGGCGAGACGGUGGCGCAGCGCGCGCUCACCCUGGGCGCCAACGGCGCUGUGCGCAAGCCGCUGACAACCAAGGCCGUGCUAGCGCUGCUGGAUGAGUACGCACCCCGCUGGCGUUCGACCAUGGAGCAGCAGCAGCAACACGCCGCAGUGGGAGGUAGCAGCCCGAUGAGCCCAGACGCCGCCGCUGGUGCGGCGCCGGGCGGCUUCUCAGUUGCGCCACGGGCGGACGGGCUUGCGGCGCCGCACGGGCGCGGCACGCACGCAGAGCACCACUCGUGGAGCGGGCUACAUGUGCAGCAUCGCACAAUGCCACACCAGCAGCAGCACCAGCAGUAUGCAUCCAUCUCGCGUCAACACCAGCAGCAGCGGCCAGCCGAGUGCCGGUGCACGUCGGCUUCUGGCGUCUGCCUCGCCAGCGCCUGCGCCUGCGGUGCCGGCGCGACCCGACCCGCCCCAGCGGCACCACCGCCACCAGCGCCAUCAGCAAGGGCACAUGGAGGGACCGGCGGGCGCUUCUUGCAGCUAGGCGGCUCCGGAGGCCCUCUGGACGGGCGAACGCUCGUGUUCUGCACCAGUCGCGACCUGGCCAUGAACGGGGGAACCAACCCCACCUCCGCGGCAGGGCUCCGGCAGCAGGCGCGCCAGCACGCGCAGCAGCUGUUGCUGAAGCGAUGCGGGCGCAGCCACCGCGACCUGUCGCGCACGCGGCCAGAAUGCCUGGACGGCGACUCGGGCAGCGCUGCGGCGUCGGUGCAUGCGACGGCGACGGCGCUGCAGCGUCGCAUGUCGUUUGACGUGGCGGCGAUGUCGUGGAUGAUGGCGGCGCGGCGGAGCACCUCGCCCGGCUACAGCCGCGCCUCGGGAAUGGCGUUGCCGGCCCACCUGGCGGUGACCGCCGCCGCCCUGGGCUGAGAGUUAGCGCUGAUGAUGCUGUUGGUGCGGCAGAUGAGGGCAGGGCAGGGAAGUUGCCGCGGUGUGUGUGUGUGAGUGUGUGUGUGGUCGCGCGCUGGCGUUGCCGGCAUGGUUGGUUCGGGCCAGAAAGACCUAGACCUGGAUGUAUCAAGAAACCGCUAUGCGGGGCUUGGCUGCUUGGCGCUGGUGCUGUCGUUUGUGUGUGUUUGGCGCUAUUCGCGUCGUAGCCCUUGAGAAAAUACAAAAUUGUGAGCCGUAUUUGUGGAGCGUGGUCUUGCGCGGGGCGCGAUGUGCACCGCUGUCGGCGCCGCCGUUGCUCAUAUUAGUUGGUCGUGGGUACAUAACUGCAGUGCCGCGUAUUUGUUUCGUUGCAGCUAUCAUGUUAUUUGUGGUUUGCCUGUAUGUUUAGGUUGGAUUUGCUGCAUCCGUACUUCGCAGAGCACUUUUUCAAGGUGAUUCUGUGGGCAUCGGUUUCCUGUUCGUGGGAAAGGCGUGGCAUAUGCAUGCGCCGCCCGGCCGCUGGCUGUGGGCCGGGGCGCUGAGUGCACAGGUUGCUGCAAGUAUACACACACACCGGCAUGCGACUCAAGGGCUAUCAGGGGGCGAGAGAGCAAGGAUGCGCCUUCUGUGGCUGGUGUGGUGUUGGAUUUGCUCGAUGUGCGGGGGUUGGGCCACUAGACUCUGUAGGUCGCUGGGCGCCCGGCAAACGCCCCAUAGCGGUACCAUGCAACGUACCGCACGCACGUUUGCUGUGGCUCGUGUGCGAUGCGACAAGGCGAACAGCAAUCGAGCCUCCGGAUUGAAAGCAAUGCAGCACCUGUUCUACACUGCGAAUGUCACUGUCCCUGUGUUUGUCAGGUGCGAUUUAAAAGUGUAUGUAGCGGCGGGCGCGAGGCGCAGGAGGCACGAAGAUACAUAAUUACGGUUGGGUGUACGUUACUUAAGUAAUUCAAAGGUGUGGUUCAUGGUGGGAGUGGCGGCACUGCACACUGGCACCGAUGGCCCGUGACGCGGCGAGCGGCCGGGUGCGGCUGCAAUCAGGUUAGAGCAACGAGUAUUCAGGAUUCGAGGUGAUUGGGCAGGGGAAAGCGGGUGUGUGAAUUCUCCAGAGCGGGGGUCGCGCCCCGCUGUGAGCAUACGUGGGUUUUCAGGUGAAAGGCGAGGAAGCGGUUUCUAUCGCCUCGCGCAAGACUGUAGGCUGCACUGCAUCGCUGGCAGAGCGUGGGAUAGCUAGGACGAAGGACGAGACGGACGGCUGUUCGUAACGAGCCCUACAUGCCGGCAACCACAGAAGGCUGCUGAUCGUGCUCACACACGCAUAUACCGGUACCUGAGUAAGAGGAUGAAGAGGAGGAUGGGGUUGUCGGCGCUUUGAGGUGAUGGCUGCAUACAAGGCUGUGGGGCUUGCGGCGGAAGGAGGUUCGCGGCUAUUCAGCGCCCCCUGACAUCUGGCGCAAGUCCUCACGCCGCCACCCUAAGCACGGCAUACUUUUUUGUGGUGGGCUGCAGUACGGUUUUUGCAAGUACUGUACCCAGGUCCGGCCUUUUUGGUGUGGGUUUACUCCUUUACGUAUGCGCACGCUCCGCCCUUGAAUGUAUGGCAUGCCAUGGCCAGCGGGCAAUUCCUCGCUGAGUCAACAUGGCACGGGCGGCAGCGUUGCGGUUAAGGGAGGUGCUAUGUGUGUGGAGGAUGGCCCCACAUACCGAGCAGAAAAAGCAGCGCUGUGUAUUGCGUAAGGCGGUGUGACGACGGCCAGAAUUGAAGAGUGCAGUACAACUGAAGAAGAAAGAAGGCGGUGCGCAGUCGCCAUGAAAUGAUGAGAAGAUGAAUUUGUCACAGAGGUUUGUGUGAGACAUGUCUGAGACGGGGGCUGCUCAGGGGCGAGGCCGGCCGGCGUGUGGCGCCAAGCCUUUGGCUGUUUGCGGCAGGACAGGUUUGCAGCUGCGGUCACAGCAUUGAGCUGUAGCCGUGGAAGGGGGGCGCCACAACGGAAUGCCCGCAACGCCAAAACGUACAGGCACCAGGUGCUGCAAGCACAGGUGGCGUGGCUGAACGAUCCGAGCUGAGCUGAGGUGUCGUGCCACUGCGUGUAACAACGGACCGGC